CCUCCGAGCAAGCGCCUCGUAAUGCUGAACGUCAUGUGAGCGAUAUUUUCUUGGCUGAACUACCGCUUCAAUCUCGAUUCCAAAACUAAGAGGAGGAUCGCAACGUCCAGCGGUAUUGACCAUCUCGGAAAUGUUCCACGGGUUUUGACACGUCCUAAUCGGGAAGGAACGGCUGGGUCAUAUAAUCGACUUUAAGGGUCACAGUAGUCAAUACUCUAAAGUGAUCCCGGCGCACAAAUCCUCAGGUGGCGCGGGACGCGAUUCCUUGCUUCGUCAUGGUACACAAACUGCCUGACGCCUCAAAGCCUUGCAUCGCAGACUUUGGUGGUGUGGCAUCUGUCUAUGUCCCAGAGCAAGAGAGAAUGAGGCGAGGUGGCUUGAAUUGUAUACUUCCAUUCGAUGAAAAUCCGUGUUCAUUCACCUUCCAUACCCUGCCUGGCACCUGGGCGGACCAUGAGAAAAAUUGCCAGCGAUGUAUAUUCAGCCUCGAGGCUCCGCAUGGCGUCAGGCUGUAUCUUUUGAGUCAUCAGCACCUGGCAUCUGGUUCUAAAUCAUGUAUGGCCAUAUCCGGAUCACUGAGUGAUUGUGGUGCAGAAGGCGUUGUUCGGUAUUCUGCAAGUUCGAAACUUGAGAGCUUAACAGGGCGUAUUCGCAAAUUACGCCGUCACGGACAGCUGGGCUUGCAUUAGCCCGCCGUUUGGGCAAGUAUCCCGGGCGUUGCGCCCCAUGAGGCGACCAUUCAGGUUGACCACCUCUUGAUAUCCCUCACGGUGUGGUCACAAAUGCACGAACAUGAUAGUCGAUGUCC